CACAUAAGCAGAAACCAUCUUGAGGAGGAAGUGAUAGGAAGCCUCAUAUCAUGCACACCUGUGAAUAUACCUGCUGCAAUCUCUUUACCUGUAAUCUUGUCAGAGACACAAAUGGAUCAGAAAUCUAGCAAUCUGCCAACAGAAACAACAUCACUGCCCGACAGAGGUGGUUUGCGCGAUCGAUUCUCAUUCAGUUGUCAUGGGGGAGCCAAGAUGGCGGCGCAGGCCUACGCGAUGGGCAGUCGGGAAAUUAAUCAACACUUCAACAUCAGGAAUGCCAAGCUUCUCGCCAUCAGCUUUGUGCUCGUCUUAACCGUUGGUCAUGGGAUUCACCGGAGCUAUGGAGGUGGCGAUACCUGUGAGUGGCUCCUAUCUAGUGGCCGAUUCCUUGGUGAAAACGUUUGGCAACCUAAUGGCUGCAUGAUGCAUAAAUACAAGAUCAGUGAAGUAAAGAACUGUCUACUGAACAAAUACAUAGCUUUUGUAGGAGAUUCCAGAAUUCGGCAGUUCUUCUAUGCCUUUGUUAAAAUUAUAAAUUCUGACAUUAAAGAAGAAGGUAACAAGCAUGAAAACAUUUCCUUUGAAGAUAGAAGUACUUCGUUGAAAGUUGAUUUUUUGUGGUACCCAGAGGUAAACAACUCCAUGAAGGAUUGUUUUAAAGCUUGGACUGAGGGUGCUCGUCUAAAACCCCAUCUUAUUGUGGUUGGUGCUGCUACAUGGUCGAUUAAGAUACAUAAUGGGAGUAUGGAAGCUCUCAGCCAGUACAAAACCAAUCUUACAUUACUUACACCUCUUCUGCAGAAGUUAGCAGAAACUAAUGACAUCUAUUGGGUCCUCCAAGAUCCAGUGUAUGAAGAUUUGCUGAGUGAGAACAGAAAGAUGAUCACUAAUCAGAGGAUUGGUUUAUACAAUGAUGUGACUUUAAGCAUUUUGAACAGCAGUGCCAGAAGUACGGCAGCCAAGGUCAAGAUACUCAGAGCUUCCAAAUUAAUUGCAGAAGAAACCAUUGCAGGAUCUUUAGAUGGCUUGCAUUUACCUGAAACCACUAGAGAUAUAAAUGCUAUGAUUCUCUUGAAUUCCUACUGCAACAGGAUUGUGAAGCCCAUUGAUGGUUCAUGCUGCCUUCCCCAGUCUCCCCUUUCGCUAAUUCAGAAACUGACUGGCUGCUUUUUCAUUAUUUGUAUGAUAAGCUGCAUAGUCGUAACUUACUUUUGUCAUAAUUGGCGGAAGAAUAAGCCUAGUACUGAUGUUGAGAGUGGAGAAGAGAAGAAACCUGCGACAACUUCGCUGUCCAAUCCUGAAAAACUACUGUUGUCCCUUUCCAAAUUAGGCCUAAUCAUGGGCUAUUUCUAUCUUUGUGAUAGAGCUGACCUGUUCAUGAAGGAGCAGAAAUAUUACACACAUUCAACGUUCUUCAUCCCACUGGUAUAUAUUAUUGUACUGGGAGUUUUCUAUUAUGAUAAUACGAAAGAGACAACUAUGCUGAACCGAGAGCAGACAGAUGAAUGGAAGGGAUGGAUGCAGCUAAUUAUACUAAUAUAUCAUAUAUCAGGAGCAAGUACUUUUUUACCUGUAUACAUGCAUGUUCGUGUUCUUGUGGCAGCAUACCUGUUCCAAACAGGUUAUGGACAUUUUUCUUUCUUUUGGAAAAGCGGGGAAUAUGGAAUCUCUCGCAUUUGUCAGAUAUUAUUUCGUCUGAAUUUCUUGGUGGUGGUGCUGUGCCUUGUAAUGGAUCGACCAUAUCAGUUCUAUUAUUUUGUCCCCUUAGUAACAUUUUGGUUCAUGGUCAUUUAUGUCACACUAGGCAUUUGGCCACAGACUGGCAAAAAAGAAGAAAACGGUUCUUGCUCUCCCCACUGGGCAGUGGUGUUCAAACUGGUUGGUUUGUUUUUAUGCAUAUGUCUCCUUGCAACUUCCCAGAGAUCUUUUGAAAAUGCCUUUUCAGUGUGGCCAAUUUCAAAGCUAUUUGAGUGGCAAGGAUUCCUUCAUGAAUGGUGGUUUCGAUGGAAGUUAGAUCGCUUUGCAGUCCUACAUGGUAUGGUAUUUGCCUUCCUCUAUAGUAUAUUAAAGAAAAGUCACCUCCUUUCUGAAGGCAAAGGCGAGACAUUGUUUGCACCUAGGUUGUCAUCCUUCUUACUUUUCACCUCAGUAGUUGUAUUUUUGACUUAUUCAAUAUGGUGUGCCAACUGUAAAAGCAAAACUGAGUGUAAUGAACUUCAUCCUUACUUCUCUGUGUUGCAGAUCUUGUCUUUCAUUCUUAUUAGGAACAUUCCUGGUUAUGUUCGCUCUGUGUACAGUUCAUUUUUUGCCUGGUUUGGCAAGAUUUCCCUGGAACUUUUCAUAUGCCAAUAUCAUAUCUGGCUUGCAGCAGAUACCAAAGGAAUCCUCGUACUCAUUCCUGGCAACCCAGUGCUCAACAUUAUCGUCAGCACUUUUAUUUUUGUGCUAGUUGCUCAUGAAAUCUCUCAAAUCACAAAUGAUCUUGUACAAAUAGCCAUUCCCAAAGAUAACUAUGUUGCACUGAAAAGACUGUGUGCAACAGUGUUUUUAUUGGGGCUUCUCACAUUGUCAACUGUUGAACGAUUGAACGAAUAACUGAAAUAAUGACUGAGCAGGCUCAAGUACGUAUUUUGACUUUUGUAUUUAAUAAAGAGGAAAAACCUCAAAGAAUUGUGUAUUGAGAGGAAGAAAGCAUAAGUUUGCGCAACACUACAAUUCGUCAUAAUAUCAAAUCUGAAGAAAACGUAUUGAUGUAAAUGCACAUGAUGAAAAGGUUUGGUUACAUUAUGAUCGAUUCAAAAGCAACUUUAAGUAUUGGGAUAAUUGAUGGAAUGACUACUAAAAAGGUAGCAUCUUUUGAUACGCUAUUUCCCGGGAUUUCCUAUUUGGAUAUAUACCUGUUGGUUAUGAUGUUACUUUAUUUCCAGUUCAGCAUUUCCAUAUUUUCACUGUUAUUUCUUUAAACUGCAAUUAUUUCCAAUUUUAUGAGGAAACAUUUUGGGAUAUCUGCUAACAUUAAGUUUGAUUCUGGAUACCUUUAGGUAUCCCAGUUCAUUGAAAAUCAUAACUUCCUGAUGCUGAGGAGUUUGACGUUUUUUUUCCCUCUAUCCCUAUGCUGUGUUGAUGUUGGGCAAAGUAGCUUUCUUUCACAGUUCACAUGUAGGUGCAGUAUGAAAAAAUGAAUAUCUCUAUGGAGCACUGAUAAAAUGAAUAGGCUGGGAGUUCGUUCACUGAAUUAUUCCUGACUUGAAAGAGAUAUGUUGGCUUUGAUUGUGAUGUUGCAUUACUGGAAAAAGUAAGCUGCCAACAAAUUUCAACCACUGCUAGUACUAGGCUGCUGUUACAUUUCUCUCUUUUAAAGUGAAGAAAACAUUUUACUUGUGGAAUAAAGAGUUAAUUGUCCAAAGUAAAUUAAUCAGUUUAAAACUCCUAAUUUGAAAUGUUGUCAAUAUGGACUGAAACACUGGUCUAAUUAGGGACUCCUGCUCUGUGUACAAGUGAAAUAUCCAACAAUUUGUAAAUUAGUUGGUAUGAUUGAGUAACCAGUUCCAGUGUUAACAGCCAUUUCACUUUGUAUGAUGAAUUAUGUUUUAUGAUUGUUUGAUUAUAUCAGCUCUUACUAACAAUGUGCUAGAAUUUGUUUAUUACAUUUUUUAACAAAAAGAUGAUUGCAUUUGCUGCUACAAUUUAGGCGUUUGAAAAGUUUUGUAGCAGGAAGAAAGGGAAGGAGAGGAGACGAGCUAAGGAUUUAUUACACGUUUGAGUUCACCAUGACUGUUUCCUAAAUCAGACUUCCACUUCAUUUCAUGAGUUAAUUCAUGUAAAAAUCUGACUUGUGUUUUGACAAAAAUGGCCAUACAGAAUGCUUUAGGCACAUCUUGUUCAUACACUUUUAAAGUAUCAAUAUGUUCUUUCUAACUCUAGACAUAUUUGUAGGAAACUGUCAGGUAACUUUGGUGAUGCCACAUUCUUAUUCACCUGAUUAGAUUUUUUAACCAUCUUUAUUAGUCAAAUUGCUCAAGAGUUUGAAGUAGUUGAGUGUGAUUUUUUUUUUGAUAUGCAAGGUGCCAUAAAUCAUUGUUACUGAUAUCUGUUUAAAUCAUGGUAAGAUUUCAAUCUUAAUUUAGGUCACAUUUACAGAUCCUGCAGUAUGUUAUCUUUCACUUAAUUCUUUUGCAGUGAAUUAUCUUUGAACUUCACAUCUGCAUAUUCAGUAGCAAAUAUCUUGAAGUUGUAUAACAUACUUUUCAAACGACAUAUGCCAAUGGCAGAGAUCUUGCAGUGUGACAGCACAAAAAUGUUUAAGUGCCAUUUUAACCCAUUUUUAAAAGAAGGAUGUGAGAUCGGAAUCAGGAACUCUCAAAAUAGUGUCCUUUCUAAUUUAUCAAAACUUUUAAAAACUAAUUCUUGCAAUUAGUUUCACAUAACAUUCCCUGCCUUUUCUCCAGUUGACAACAGGUAAUGGUGCAUUGAGACAGCCAAACUAGAAAAUCCUAGAAUUGAUGAGGACUAAGUUCACUGAUUUCAUUGUGAAUGGUUCAGCAUUCCUUAGGAACAUUAACUAUUUCCUCCUGAAAAGUGUGUUUACACAGCACUCGGCAAUUUAACACUAUUCCAGUGGUAAUUGUUUAAAACCACAUGAAGCAUGACCUUGUAAGCAAGGCACUGUGCAACUGUGCCCAGCAUGUUACAUAUUGAGCAGGAAUGUAAUAUUUAUAGAUGCAUCAAAGUGGGUAAAACCAGAUUUCAUCAUUUUGGAGGAAGGUGGCAGGCAGGGGAAUUUGAGAGUUUCUCACAAUGCAGUCAAUCAAAUUUCUCAAACGGUAGUUGACUUCACACUGUUGUUUGUGAUUCCCACAAUUGUUUGGGCCUUAUUUAUUUUACUAAAUUGUUCAUUCUUCUGAAAGUCUUUGGAAUAAAGAUGUGAGUAAAUUUUGCACUAAAAUUCAAUUUGUAAUAUUCCACUACUUGCAUGUGCUUUUCUUGCAAAAUGUUUUGCUUGUGAAUGACUUCAGUAGCCUUCAGGACGUUUUGGUCACCAGAACUGGAGUGAGUUUUACAUGGUAGUCCCUUUCUGUUCAUUGUACUUCAUUUUGAAAUGAUAGCUUGGCUGAAGAAUUUACUGCACUUAAACAGGAUUUCAGGCUUGAGUAAAUUCCAGCAGUUACAGAAAAUAAUGAGUCCAGUAUAAUAUAAUACCAAAUGUUAAUCUUUGAUAGUUUUUAUUGCACUUGGGGGGUCACAUUUUUAGUACUGCCACUUAUAUUUGAGUUCUUGCAGUAUUGCAGGUCAACCAUAUUUUGUGUAUAGAUGAACUUUUUUCUGUUUUUGAGGUUUUGCACUUAUGAAGAGCCACAUGACUGUGGUAAAGUUUAUAAUUGUUCAGCAAUUUUCCUGAAACAGCUGAGUGCUAAUUAAAAUUUUCUGAAAUGAGUUUCAUUUACAAUUUAUCAUUGUUUAUAAUGGAUUUCCCGGGUAGUUUGAGAUGUGAAAAUUUACUGUUGUAGUGUUAAAGACAAAAAAUAUUUUGUACAAUUUCAAAUCAUGUGAGUUCUUUAGGAUUGUUUUGCAGAUUUAUGGUUUUUUUUAAAGUGUUUUUCCUGUUUUAAAAACUACGAAUGUGUGUUAUAGAGCUGCAAUGUCAUUCAGUGAUGUUUACUGUUAGAUUGUGUGGAAGUUUUUCACCUAGUUUAAUGACUGAAUUCAGUUUCUUUCCAAAUGCUUUUAUUUUAGUUUGAGCCAUAUGUAAAAUAACUGCUUAUGAUAAGCAUAAAUAAAUUGGUCUGACUUAAGGAAAUUAAGGAAUGCAUGAUGUUCAAACUUUUUCCGAUAUGUUUGUAGUUUUCAUUUGUGUUUGGUGGUUUGCUAAGCCACUAACUGUUGAAAUGUGUACUUCGUAUUGAAUGUGCCAAACCUAAAAUAAAUUUCCCAUGUUUUCUAUGCUUAUAGUGUUUAUUAGGAAGCUGGUUUUGACAAAAUUUCGAGUUUUCCAUUGCUCUUGGAAAUCUGUAGGACUUGGAAAGCAUUAACCUUCAGUAGUUUAAAAACAGGCUUCUGCAUUCUAAAUACCAUUAAUUUGUGUAGCUGUAAGAUGAUUAUUAUGAUUUAGAAGUUGUCUAUCUAUUUAGUUUGUAAACUGCAUUUUAUUUAGUUAAAUUUGGCGUACAUUUGAUUUGAAGCAUCCGAUAUGGGCCUUCAUUGAUAUGUACAAAGUUUGAUUGCAUAAAUCUUAAGAAUCUAUAUCUAUUGGAAUGAAGCUUGAAAAUUAAUGGCAGCCAGUUUAACUUACAGAAAAUUCCUUCAUUUUUGAGCUGCUUUAUGUAGAAUCUCCAGAGUGGAAACCGGCCAUUCGGACCAAUUCACACCAACUCUCCAAAGAGCAUCCCACCCAGACCCAUUCCGCUACUGUGUCCCCGUAACCCUGCAUUUCCCAUGGCUAAUGCACCUAAUCUACAUAUCCCUGAGCACUAUGGAUAAUUUUAGCAUGGCCACUCCAUCUAACUUCCACAUCUUUGCACUGUGGGAGGAAACCAGAGCAUCCAGCAGAAACCCAUGCAGACAGGGGAGAACAUGCAAACCCCACACAGAUAAUUGCCUGAGGCUAGAAUUGAGCCAGGGUCGCUGGUACUGUGAAGCAGCAGUGCUGAACACUAAGCCACCAUGCUGCCCUUUAAUGGCUCCUAUUUUAGAACGAGCGCGCUGAAGUGAAAACUGCAGCUUGUCAUUUGUUUAUGCAGCAGAAUUAGGACAAACAUUUGAUUACCAGAGGAUUGCAGUGGGAGAGAGAUCCUCUGAGGCCUUUCCAGAGGGAGGAAGACAACUUCAAGGUGGGCAUCCUUGGAAGAGGCUUCACAGUAGGGUUGUAACUCACUCAGAGAUAGGAAGAAGUGCAGAUGCUGGAGUUAUAGGUAACACAGUGUGGAGUUGGAGGAAUACAGCAGGCCAGGCAGUAUCAGAGGAGCGGGUAAGCGAACGAUUCUGAAGUCCCGACCUGAAACAUCAACUUUCCGACUCCUCUGGCUUGGUGUGUUCCUCCAGCUCCACGCAGUUACUUCUGACUCCCUCAUCUGCAGUUCUUGCUAUCUCUUAGGACAAAUAUUUGCUUUGUUUAGUUGGUCCAGUGAAGCAUUAACUUUAGUUCUACUUUGAACUGAUCCAAACAUACUCCCAGGUGCUUUUAUUCAAUGUCUCCAUAAGCAUACAGUGUUCAGUAUUGCCAGAAUGUUGUUUUGCUUUGUAAUUUUUUUAAUAGUUGAGGUAGAUAAUUGGCAUUUGGCACCAUUAAUGCAUUUGUUGUAUAUACAUGGCACAGAAUUCCAAUAAAAGAGAAUUCUAUUCCAUUCAGAUUAUAUAUUUACAAUUUAUUGAAUAUAUGAAACUUUAAAGGAACAUUACUGAACUGUACAGUCUUGUCCAUAGUUGUCUGCUCAGAAUAAGCGAAUUUACAGUGAAAUCAUUCUGUAAUGUGCGUAGAUUGUUGAGCAGUAAGUACUUGUCAAAUUAUAAAAGGACCCUGGUUAAACUGACAGGUUCCUACGUUUUUAGAAUCAGUAGGAACGGAUGAAAAGCCUGGAUUAAAAAUAAAACUUGAGUGAAUGACCAAAUAUGGUCCAUUGUGAGUGACUUAGUUUGAAUGUAUUCAUAAAACUAGUGCAGGUAUCUUUUCUCUUCCCCAUAACUAUUCUUCUUAAUUUCCAAUGUAAAUUCAAAUAAGUAUUAAUGUCAAAAUAAAAGAAAUAUUACAGGAUUUUGUGCAUACUACUUUUAAAACUUUCAGUAUGGGAUAUAUAUUAAAAAGACUGCAUUUAUCCAAAAUAAAAGAUUUUUAAAGUAUUUCAGUAGAAAUAGUUAGCUAUCUCUUCCCCACUGUAUUCGCCAUAUAUUGCUCAUUGCAUGGAUUCAACCCCUUACAGUAAGGGGUUGUAGGAAUUUUAAUAAACUUUUUAACAUUCAUUUAAGUUUCAAUCUGGAAAUUGGCAAGACCAAGCAAUAUCUUGUAUUUUGAUGUAAAUUUCAUGCUUGAAAUUGUUGUUUUCUUGCUGCCUCCAGAGGGACAAAUCUGACCUCAAAUAGCCUGGAGAGUAUUAUAAUUCCGUCUUGUAACAUUAACUUUAUUUUUAGAUUGUAGGUAAGUAAACAUUUUUGUUUCCAAAAUGUUGAAAUGAAUGUAUUUUAAAUAGCUGCUUUGCUGUACAGAACAUAAUUGUAAAUUAAAUUAAUGCACUCUGGGAUAUUGAUGUGGCUGGCCAGGUCAGCAUUUAUUGCCCGUCCCUAAUACCCUUGAAGAUGGUGAUUAGCUGCUUUCUUGAACUGUUGCAGUCCUCACAGUGCAGGUAAUCUUCCAGUAUUGUGAGGAAAAUUCCAGGAUUUUGACCCAAUAACAAUGAAGAAACAGCUGAAUAGUUCAAUCAGGAUGCUGCAAGGUUUGGAUGGGAAUUUGCAGGUGGUGGUGAUCCUGUUUCUCUGCUGCUUUUGUCCUUCUAAAUGGUAGGGAUUGAAGAUUUACUGAGUUGUGUUUCAGUGCAUCUCAUGAGUGUUGUGCACUGAUGCCAUUGUACAUUGGUCUUGGAGACAGUGAAUGUUGAAGCCAUUAAUGCCAAACAAACAAGUUUAUUUGUCCCGAAUGAAAAAAUAACAAUUUACAAAACUAAUAGCAUUUAUUUAAAAAUGUCAACAUGCCUCUUAAAGUUUCCAUCAUGUGUAGUGACAUUGUCUUUGCUUAAAAAAAUGGAGUCCAUUAUGAUCAUUGUCAAAUUGGGAAAGUUGCAUUUUUAAAAAAAUCCAGUGUACUGGCAAAGCCACUGAUUUACUGUGUGCAAUGAAAAUUCCAAUAAAGUUCUGUGAUGCUGAGUUGGACAUGACAUGAGAUUGUAUUAAACUUCCUUUAGAAGGCUUUGUUUUCAUGAUUGUGUGAAUAUUUGUUUCUGACACUUUGCAUUACUGUUGUCGUGCUAAAUUUGUGGAAUUAUCAAACUAGAUUUUUCUUUAUUUAACAUACUGAACUUCUAGGUGUUUGCUCUUGUUUAACCUGUGACAGUUGCUAGUCUGUAUUUCAGCUAAUGGUACGCUGUUUUAAAAUAAGGGUUGUGUAUCUCUGCAUACAUUUUAGAUUUGUGAACAUUAGAUGUUCCCAUUUAUAGUUUACUCUGAAGCUAAAAUUAGGUUUCUUGUUUAACAAUUUUUUUCUACUGGAUAAACCAGUGCAAAACUAGCUUAGCUCAAACAUGGAUUAUCCAUAAAGUUAAAUACUGUUUGAGACUUCACCUGAUUGUCAUCCAUCCAUCAUUUGAAUCUACUUUUGUGAUGGAAAUUAAAACACAAGCCUAAAUAUAUUGUGCGUCCAAAAUAUUUCAUUGCAUUUAUUUAUGUGCACUUAACAUUUAGUGAGAUCUCAUGCAAUUACAAUGUGAAAUACCUGUCAUUUCUAAUAUUUUUUAAUAAAGCGUACAGGUCCUAUGUAAUUAAAAAUUACCAACUUUGGAACU